AUGACCUUUCCAGAUCCUGCCCAUGCCCCAUCCUCGCUCGGCAACUCCCAUAAAUCCCACGCGACCUCCUCCUCCGCCGACUUUGGCGCCUUCACUUCAGCUGCCCCUCCCACCCCUCACUCAGUCCAUCACUUGGGGGAGGCGGAUCUGUUGGGAUCGUACGAGGACGAUCAGCACGUCGCAGAACCUCAGCGAGGGCAGCCACCUCCAUCACCGGGAGCCCAGCCUACCUGGCCGUCGGCGUUCGACCCGCUGGCUACUGGGAGUACAGAAAUCCCUCCAUACCCUCCACAUCUGCCAACAAACACAAUAGAUCGCCACUCUUCCUCGCCGUCUGCCACCUAUAUCUCCCUCCCCCCACGGCCCACAGAGAUCUCUCCGAACUACGUACCUCACGCCCGCACUAGACGGCUGUCUAGUUUUACCGUUGCAACAAGUCCCACGUCACCUCCUGUCUUCACUGAUACCGGUGACGAACUCGUCUUCCAUCCUGCCCACCAGUCUUCGGGUAAUACGGCGCUUGGCUCGAUACAAAACGUGCAACGGAAGAGCUCAACUUCACCUACCAGCUCCCGGGUCAAACCUCCCACUCCACACUCUUCAAUACUUUGGCAACAACAACAAAGCUUGCCUCAAGGUGGAAGUCUGUGCUUGCUCCGCAAGUUCAGUCUCCAACCUCCGAUAUGUCUGGGUAUCACCCCGGAGGUUGCCAUGAGGUGCCUACACAUCAAACAUCUCCACCACCACUUCCAGUACCAAUAG